GGCGCGGUUUUGUGAGCGCUCUGUGAGAAAGGGAAUAAUUUUAAAGUGAAACCGCUGAGUGUGUUCGGGCGGUGGGUGUUUUUGACAGGAUGUGUGAACAGGGGCUGGAGAUGGCCUCCAUCCUGCCGGCUCUGCGGGAGUUGGAGAGUGCCCGCGCAGAAGAUUACAAUACUGUGGUGCAGAAGCCAAGACAGAUUCUUUGUCAGUUUGUUGACAAAAUGCUCACAGAUGUGGAUGUUGUUGCUUUGGAGCUUUCGAAGAAAACUGAUUCUCAGCCAACAUGUGUGAUGUUGUUGGAUUUUAUCCAACACAUUAUGAAAUCCUUUCCUCUUAUGUUUGUAAACAUACCACAAAAGCCAACUAAACAAAUUCAGCAGAACAGUAGUGAUGAUGAGUGCAGUUGUAUUGGUUUCAGUAACUGGAUUAUAACCAGGCUUCUUCGGAUUGCCGCAGCCCAAAAUUGUCAAGUGCUUCAUGACUGUGUUGCAAAGAUUAUACUAUCUUUGCUUUGGCUGUUCAAGAGCAAGAAUCCCUUUAUAUUUGGAACACAAACCAAGGAACUAUUGGGCCUCUUUCAGGAUUUGAUUUCUUUGAGGGAGAAGAACCCGAUGAUGUACAAUAAGCAGAGUUUGUUUUUCCAGCCAUUCAUAGUUAAUCGUUUUGUUGUGGCUGAGAGAGAAGAUGCAGAGUAUUUAACCCCUGCACCCCUUCAGUUAUCCUGUGUAUUACAAGUAGAAUCGUUGGAGGUCAUAUUACUUCGAAUACUUUCAUCAAUUCUUUCGAGUGUGUUUUGCAGAAGACAGAGACUAAUCUUGUGGGAAAUAGGAUGCUCUCUUUUAGAACAUGGCAGUCCCAGGAUUAAGGGUAUCGUGUUGUCCUUGUUAACAAAGUUGAUAAACCUUGGAGGACCACCACCAGAAGAAUUGGCAAAUAUGUUCUUUACAAGUUUGAUUGGUCUCUUGAAACUGUUUAAAGAGGCUGACAGAGCAGAAUUAGAAUUGUAUGAAGAGCCAUUUGCGUGUUUGGUCAGAGCACUCUUUCCUGUCACUGCUGAGCAUCAUGCAAGCUCAUUCACAAUAGAACCCAUUUACCUUAAUAUGUUGAUGGAGAAACUAAGUGUGUUUAUUAGAGAUGGUCUGUUAAGACUCAUUAAUUCUGAUAAAUUGAGAUCAGCGCUAUGUCAAAUAUUUCAGCACUUUUUGAUGUUUGCUCCAUCAGGACUGGUGUGUGCUGCACCAAUACAAAAGCAACGUAUACACCUAAUAUGCACAGCUUUAAUUGAAAUGAUAGGAACUGAACCCAAGCAAGAGUAUUUGUUAAGUUGCUUGUAUAUUGCAAUGAGAGCCGAGGGGAUGACUGUUAUCCAAGAAAUGUGUGAUCGGACCCGGGCACAAUUGAUGCAGGUUCCUGAAACAGAUGGAGGGAAUAGCAGUGAUGAAGUUCCUGAGAAAAAGCCACGUUUGAGUUUUACUGCACAGUGCAUGCAGAAAACAUUCAGACCAGCUGAAUCUGGUCCAGUGGAAAUGAAAUUCAAGAGCAAAUUAUGGUGGACAAUGUGCAAUAAGUUGAUGUCAUUGACCAAUUUACUGGAGAAGGUUCAGUCACAUGAGAAGGCUGUAACUGUGUUGGAGGGUAUUGUAGUUACAUUUCGGUUGGCUGCUCUAUGUACAGCAUUCUGUGACCAAGGAAUUUUAGAUAGAAGCAAAAUAAAUGAUGUGGCCAAUGGGAAGGUACAAUGUUCCACAGGAAUUUCGUCAAUGAAAAUACAACUGGUUUGGAUAAAUUUUGAGAUGUUUACUCAAGUCCUGGAAUAUGGAAAAAAACAACUGAUUGUUGGUUCCAAAGAUGAUGAAUUAGAACCGUUAGUCAGCAGAUUAAUAAAAGUAAUUGAUGCUGCAAUCUACUUGCAAGCUGGACAAGGUCAGGUGGACGAAGUUGCACUUAAGACACUUUGUGACUUUUUGUCAUUACCAUGGAUUCACAAACACAGCACUGAUGUAGCUUUCAAAUCUGUUGACUUCAGUUCUGAGCUGGUAUCCCUGAGUCAGCAUUUGUCAAACAGUUUUUCACACCAGAACCAGGCAAAAUGUGUGUACCUGCUUUCUCUGCUACAUGAGAUACGUCCUGAAUGGAGAACUGCAAUACACAGAUGGUCUUUGCAGUGUUCCAGUGAUGUCACCUGUGCAGGUUCUGUGCGAGGAUUUCCCGUACUCCUGCAUUAUCUAGGUGUUAAGUCACACUCUCUCAUUGAGGAGCUUCUCUUAAACAAACUUCAAGAUGAGUCCAAUUUGAUACGUGAAGAAUUAGCCAAUAAUGUUGGAAAGUUAAUCUGUGUGCUUUCAAGCAAAUCAGAGUUGUUGCUUCCCACCAAUGACUUGCCACUUACAAAUGCAGAUUGUGAACUCCUGUGCCAUAAUAUCUCUGUACGGAGUGAAUGUACACUGGCUGGACCAACAGUUGAACCUUCUAUUCUUAUUCCAUUCCUUGUGCUAAUUCAGAAGUCAAUGCCUGCUUCAGUAAAACGUGCUUUUAUAAGCAACAUUCCGUAUCUAUGUAAACAUGUGAAUUUGGGGAAAACUGGCUCGGAUACCAAAACCAUUUAUUGUGCAAUACUGAACCUCAUGAACGAUCCAGAUAAAGCUGUCAGAAUUGCGUUUAGUGAAAAAAUACAUCAUUUGUUAAAUUCUCAAGAAGUUGAAGAACAAAGUUUACUGAAAGAGCUGCUUGUAUCCAAGCUGAAGGAGGCAUAUGCAAAUGCUAAGAUUUCAAGAAAUAAUGAACUAAAAGAUACACUAAUCAUUACAACAAGAGAAAUUGGACGAGCUGCCAGAGGAGAUUUGGUUCCAUUGGCCCUUUUGCACCUAUGCCAUUGUUUGCUGUCCAAGUUCACAUUUGUUGCGGGUGCUGCUUAUACAGAGAUCAGAGCACUAGCUGCAGCCAAAGGUAUGAAGCUGCAAGCUUUCUUCAGCCAGUACAAGAAGCCCAUAUGCCAGUUUUUGGUGGAGUCAUUACAUACAAGGCACCUGGCAGCCAGUUCUAGUAUUGAAGGUCAGAGUAAAGAACAAUGCCAGCGUGAGGCAGAUCACCAGCGGCAGAUUACACUCGAUAUCUUGUCUGAAGUAGCUCAAGUGUUCGAUUUUCCAGAUUUGAAUCGCUUUCUCACGCGUACCUUACAAUCUCUGUUGCCGUACCUGGCUGCAAAGGCCAGUACCACUUCUUCAUUGCUGAUCCGGACCAUAGCAAAGCAAUUGAAUGUCAAUCGGCGAGAGAUAUUGAUCAACAACUUUAAAUACAUUUUUUCCCACCUGGUUUGUUCCUGCUCAAAGGAUGAACUUGAGCGCGGUCUCCAUUAUCUCCAGAAUGAAACAGAGCUUGAACUAGGCAGCCUUCUCAGACAAGAUUUCCAAGGGUUACAUAAUGAACUACUGCUGCGUAUCGGAGAGCACUAUCAGCAGGUUUUCAAUGGACUGGCCAUACUGGCUGCUUCUGCUUCGAGAAAUGAUCAGUGCCAAGCACCCAGAGACAUUACUUCAGCAGUGUUAAUGGCGGACUACUUGCAACCAAAAUUGUUGGGGAUUCUGGCCUUUUUUAAUAUGCAUCUACUGAGUUCCAGUGUUGGAAUGAAUGAUAAAAUGAUGGCCAUGAAUAGUUUAAUGUCGUUAAUGAAAUUGAUGGGACCAAAACAUAUUAGUUCCGUCCGGGUAAAGAUGAUGACCACUCUGAGGACAGGCCUACGAUACAGAGAUGAAUUUCCUGAGUUAUGCUGCAGAGCUUGGGAUUGCUUUGUACGAUGCUUAGAUCCUGGUUAUCUGGGGGCCCUUCUCAGUCAAGUGAUUGUGGCUUUGCUGCCUUUAAUGUCGAUUCAGCCAAAGGAGACAGCUGGAAUAUUUCGCUAUCUUAUAGUGGAGAACAGAGCUGAAGUAAAAGAUUUUCUCCAUGAGAUUUACUUUUUGCCAGAACAUCCUGAUUUUACUGAGAUCCAGAAGGUUCUGCAAGAUUACAGAAAGGAGACUUCUAAAAGCACAGACUUACAAACUGAACUGCAGCUUUCGAUGCGUGCUGUUCAGCAUGAGAAUGUAGAUGUCCGUAUACAUGCACUGACCAGUUUGAAGGAUACUUUGUUCAAGAAGCAGGACCAGUUGGUGAAACUUGCCACAGACAGUGAGACAGUAGAACCUAUUAUCUCUCAGCUGGUGAUGGUGCUUCUGAAGGGCUGCCAAGAUGCAAAUGCACAAGCUCGACUUCUCUGUGGAGAGUGUCUUGGUGAGUUGGGAGCAAUCGAUCCCGGCCGAUUGGACCUCAUGACCAGUAACACAGAGGGAAAAAGCUCCACGUUUGUGGCUGGUGUGGAGGACCCCAAUUUUGCCCAUCAUCUGCUGAUUGAGUUGACAAGAGCCUUCCUUGCUUAUGCAGAUAAUGUUCGCGCUCAGGACUCGGCUGCUUAUGCCAUUCAGGAGCUGCUACAAAUAUAUAAAUGUAAGGAAGGGAAAACAGAUUGCCCAGGACGCAGGUUGUGGCGGAGCUUUCCAGAGCAUGUUCAAGAAAUCUUGGAGCCUCAUUUAAACACCAGGUAUAAAAGCUCCCAGAAGACUUGCAAUUGGGUCAGCAUUAAGAAGCCAUUUUAUCUUGGUAAACAUGACAGAAAUUUUGCAGAGUGGUCAGCAACAUGGGCAGGAUACCUCAUAACCAAGGUUCGAAGUGAGCUAGCCAGAAAAGUGUUUGACUGUUGCAGCUUUAUUACGAAACAUGAUUUUAAAGUGACAAUCUAUCUGCUACCUCAUAUCCUAGUAUACGUUUUGCUUGGGUGUAAUGAAGAGGAUCAACGUGAAGUUUAUUCAGAAAUGAUGGCUGUUCUAAAGAAUGACGAAGCUUCGGACAGGACUUUGCAGGACAGUGCAUCAGAUCUGAGUCAGUUGAGUACUCAGACUGUUUUCUCUAUGUUGGAUCAUCUUGCCCAGUGGUCCCGACAUAAAUUACAGGCUCUUAGCUCUGAGAAAAGUGGGAGCAGAUCCAGUAAAGACAGAGGGGGACCUAAUGUUUCAAGCUCAGAGUACAAAGAGUAUCAAAAUGUCACCUCUUUUCUGGACCUCAUACCCCAGGAUGCACUUGCUGUUGCUUCGUUUCGAUCUAAGGCUUAUACUCGAGCAGUGAUGCACUUUGAAUCCUUCAUCACAGAAAAGAAAGAGAACAUUCAGCAGCAUCUUGGAUUUUUACAGAAGCUAUAUGCAGCAAUGCAUGAGCCAGAUGGUGUAGCUGGAGUGAGUGCAAUCCGUAAAGGAGAGCGAUCUCUCAGAGAACAGAUUUUAGAACAUGAGAGCAGUGGACUGCUGAGGGAUGCUACAGCAUGUUAUGACAGAGCUAUUCAGUUGGAACCUGAUGAGAUUAUUCAUUAUCGUGGACUGAUGAAAUCUAUGCUUGGGCUUGGCCAGUUGUCCACAGUAAUCACUCAGGUUAAUGGAGUACUUGCAAGCAGGCCUGAGUGGACCUCUGAAUUAAACACAUACAGAGUUGAGGCAGCAUGGAAACUCACACAUUGGGACUUGCUCCAGAAUUAUGUGGCUACAGAAGGGAAAUCCUGUUCUUGGAGCGUAAGACUUGGACAACUGUUGCUCGUUGCUAAACAGAGCAAUGCAGAGCGUUUCUAUGAACAAUUGCAGGUUACCCGAGCAGAACAGAUUGUGCCUCUCUCUGCAGCAAGUUUUGAACGAGGGUCCUAUCAGCGAGGUUAUGAGUACAUCGUCAGAUUGCAUAUGUUGUGUGAGCUGGAGCACAGUGUCAGAGGAUUGCUUCACCAGGAAUCUGGGAAACAUCAUAAAAAACAAGAACAUCCUCUCAACUGGCAGGCUCGGCUAGAAAUGACUCAGAAUUCCUUUCGGGCCAAGGAGCCCGUCUUGGCUCUACGCAGAGCACUGCUCCAUGUCAAUAAAACGACAGACUACAGUGAGCUGGUUGGAGAAUGUUGGCUGCAAAGUGCCAGAGUUGCCAGGAAAGCAGGCCAUCACCAAACUGCAUACAAUGCUCUCUUAAAUGCAGGCGAAUCCAAAUUACCUGAGCUUUACAUUGAAAGAGCAAAGUGGCUUUGGUCCAAGGGGGAUGUUCACCAAGCAUUGAUCGUCCUGCAGAAAGGUGUUGAGUUGUGUUUUGGAGAUACAGAAGCUGAAAUUAGUGAUGAUAAAAGCUGCUUAAUAAAGGGGAAAGCUGUGCUAUUGGUUGGACGUUUUAUGGAAGAGACAGCGAAUUUUGAAAGCAAUGCAGUUAUGAAAAAAUAUAAGGAAGUAACCACUUUGUUACCGGAUUGGGAAGAUGGACAUUUUUACUUGGCAAAAUACUAUGACAAAUUGAUGCCAAUGGUAACUGAUAACAAGAUAGAGAAGCAGGGAGAUUUGAUUCGCUACAUCGUCCUUCAUUUUGGCACUUCACUGCGGUUUGGAAAUCAGUUCAUUUACCAGUCUAUGCCUCGAAUGUUAUCACUGUGGCUUGAUUAUGGAGCAAAAGCCUACGAAUUGGAAAAAGCAUCUGGACGUAUUGCUGAUCGUAUUGCCAUGAGAACAGAUCUUGAAAAGAUUAACAAGGUGAUAGAGGAUCACACGAACCACCUGGCUCCCUACCAGUUUCUGACUGCAUUUUCACAGCUGAUUUCACGGAUAUGCCAUUUCCAUGAUGAUGUGUUUGCUCGUCUGAAGGGCAUUAUUGUUAAGGUUUUCCUAGCUUAUCCUCAGCAGGCUAUGUGGAUGAUGACAGCUGUUUGCAAGUCAUCUUAUGCAACACGCGUUACCAGGUGCAAGGAAAUUCUACAGAAGGCCAUUAAUGAUAAGAGCUGUUUAGGCAAGUUUAUAGGAGAUGCCACUCGUCUCACUGAAAAAUUGCUGGAAUUGUGCAACAAAUCGGUGGAUGGAAAUACCACGACAUUAAGCAUGAAUGUUCACUUCAAAUUGCUGAAACGACUGGUGGAAGAGCCUGCUUUCAGUGAAAUCCUCAUUCCUUUACAAUCCGUGAUGACUCCCACUCUACCAUCAACUGCAGGCACUCAUGCAAACCAUGACCCUUUCCCCGGUCACUGGGCCUACAUCGCUGGUUUUGAUGACAUGGUGGAGAUCCUAGCCUCUCUUCAGAAGCCAAAGAAAAUCAAUCUUAAGGGUUCUGAUGGAAAAUCCUACAUUAUGAUGUGUAAGCCCAAGGAUGAUCUCAGGAAAGAUUGUCGCCUCAUGGAAUUUAACUCUCUAAUUAAUAAGUGCUUACGAAAAGAUGCAGAGUCACGCAGGAGAGAACUUCACAUCAGAACAUAUGCAGUCAUUCCCCUGAAUGAGGAAUGUGGUCUUGUUGAGUGGGUUAACAACACUGCUGGCUUAAGACAUAUUCUGAAUAAGCUGUACAAAGAAAAAGGUGUUUACAUGAUUGGUAAAGAACUGCGUCAGUGCAUGCUGCCUAAGCAAGCACCUUUGGAGGAGAAAUUAUCUGUGUUCAAGCAGCAGCUUCUGCCCCGUCACCCUGCUGUCUUUCACGAAUGGUUCCUUAGGACUUUCCCUGAUCCAACUUCAUGGUACAGCAGUAGAUCAGCUUACUGCCGUUCUGUUGCUGUGAUGUCAAUGGUUGGCUAUAUUCUGGGUCUCGGUGACCGCCAUGGAGAAAACAUUCUGUUUGACUCUUUAACAGGAGAAUGUGUUCAUGUGGACUUUAACUGCCUUUUUAAUAAGGGGGAGACCUUUGAUGUUCCAGAAGUUGUCCCUUUUCGCCUCACCCACAAUAUGGUCCAUGCCAUGGGCCCUAUGGGGACCGAAGGUUUGUUCCGCCGGGCCUGUGAAGUGACUUUGAGGUUAAUGCGUGAUCAACGAGAACCUUUAAUGAGUGUUCUGAAAACUUUUCUGCAUGACCCACUGGUGGAGUGGAGUAAACCAGUAAAAGGAAGUACAAAAGUUCAACCCAAUGAAACUGGGGAGGUAAUCAAUGAAAAGGCCAAGACCCAUGUUCAAGACAUAGAAAAACGACUACAUGGAGUGAUUAAGACGAGAAAUAAGGUGAAGGGCUUGCCUUUAUCCAUUGAAGGUCAUGUUCACUACCUUAUUCAGGAAGCAACCAAUAUAAAUCUCCUGUGUCAAAUGUAUCUGGGCUGGGCUCCAUACAUGUGAUAGCAUUCACAAAAAUCUGCAAUUUUGGUAUCAGGAUGAAGGAAGGUAUUUAUUUGACAUCAUUUAUUCCCAGCAUUAAACAACCACCAUCAAUUGCUAAUCUUUCAGGAAGCUACUUUUAUAUCACUGCAGAACACCUUUUGCAGUGAUUUUCAUUUGGCAACUUACUUCAGAAAGAGAACAAUAUAUUCUUGGCAAAUAGUUCGCAUGAUAAAGAUCAAGACCAUAUGGGAUUCUCCUUCAAUUCCAGAAGCCGUCAUAAACGACACAGAUUUUCUUUACUGUCUUCUACUGAUUGCAUGGCAAACCCAAACAACUUGAAAUUUGUGGGUAUCUCAGAGGCUGAGCAAGUAAGGACAAAUGGUUUGCUUAUGUGAAUACUGGGAACAGGUUCAAAAGAUUGAACUUCAGUUACUUCAGUGAGGCCAGAGACUGCAGCAUGCUGUCAAUUUUAUUAUAAGACAUUGCAAGAAGAGCAUUGGUCACCCACACAAUUUAUUAAUUUGAAUGUGACUUUUUGUUAAGUUAUAUUAAUAGUACUCCAUUAAGAUUGAGAAAAAUUCAUUUUAUAACUGACAAAGCUGUGGGAUGCUGAGAUACAAGGAAGUGUGCAACCCUCUGCAUUUGAGUGGAGAUUGAAGAUCUUUGCAUAUCUGUAAGAAAAGUGAGAUACCACCUCCAAUGACUCCGUUAGCUCAUACAUGGUAGGUGACACUGAAGUCAGUGUUGGGUUAGUUUUGUUAUUUUGAUUUUAAUUGUCCUCCUUUGGUAUCUGUGUGCAAUGUUUUUGGUGCAGGUGACACCAAGUCAUGAUAGUUAAUUAUGUCAUGGUUCUACUUGCAACUUACAAAUAUGAAACGUUGGAGGAAAAUAUGCACAUUUGUUGAGAAGUACUUUCAUGUAGCUAUUUUGUGUGCCAUUUCAAGGUUAGUUGUAAAAUCUUGACAGCAGAAAAAAAACUUCUGAAAAAUAUUUGUACAGGGCUGUACACUCUGAAAUUGCAUGUUUUGGAUGAGACUUUCUAUUUUUAUGUUCACAAUCUUGGUCCACAUUAAUGUGUAAAAUAAACAUUGAAUAGAAACUUACUGUCUUUUUAGAUGCCAACAUUUUAACACUCUUGUUAAACUCAGCAGCAGUGUUAUAACCUUUCCACUAACUAUUCAUUAGUCAAAAAUGUUGUUUGUCAAAAAGGAAUAUUGCUUGACACCCUGUAGCACUUUGUACCAAAGUAUGACAUCAAAAUACAGCUUCAUGUUAGAGGUUUCUGUAGAUAGCCUGACACUACCAAAGUGAGAGAUGCUUCUCGACCAUGGAAGGGAGCAUCCAUUUUAUAAAAGCCACGUAGCCACUUUCGAAUACAUAAAUAUAAAGUGGAAGAAGAAUCAUAUUGGGCUCAAAACCUUAACUCUAUUUCUCUGUACACAGGUGCUGCCAGACCUGCUGAAUUUCUCCAAUGUUUUUUUUGUCACUAAAGAAUAUUGUUUACUCUCCUAUUGUGGAUUGUCAGUUAUUCUAAGUACAGUUAAAGUACAGGAGAACAUUCUUUUGACUGUGAAGAAAGAGGUGCAAGGUGUUUGGUAUUUGUUUAAAAAAGUGUACUUCACAAGGUAUUUUACAAAAGAAAAUUUGUAUAGCAUCUUGCAAGUAAAAUGUCCCAAGGUACUUCAGAGGACAAAUAUCAGUUGAAAAUGAGUAACGCCAGAUAUUCAAACAGGUGACUCGGUGUCAAUUUUAGAGUUUCUUAAAAGGAAGGCAGAGAUGUUUAAGAGAAAAUUUAAAGAAGUUUUGGCCUAAGCAACUGAACCAAGACUACCAAUGGUGCUGGUGAGGAUCUUAGAUACAUUAGGGGUCAGAAUUUCAGUAAAACUGUUUUCUGAGAAUUGCAGGGCAAGAAAACGUGACAGAGAUAACAAGAGGCAAAGCCAUUGAAUGAUUUGGGCACACUGAGAAUUUUAAAGUGAGGCAUUACUGACCUUGAGCAAAUAUAGAGCGGUGAGCACUGAUGUGCUAGUGGGGCUCUAUGCAUGUGGAGUUACAGGCAGUGCAGUUGAUUGAAUCAUAGAACAUAGAAAAAACAUAGAAAAAUACAGCGCAGUCCAGGCCCUUUGGCCC